AUGGCGGUGCAAGGCACGGAGCAGAUAAUCCAUCGGGAUCCUGCGUUAUUCUACUGGAUCCUGCUCCCAAUCACGAUUGUGAUGAUAUUGACCGGAGUGCUCAGACACUAUGCAUCCGUCCUGCUACAAUCUCCGCCGAAGCCGCCGAACAGCUUGCCCGAAUCUCGCGAACGGCAGACGCUUCUGCGCGGCAUCAACCUGCGCAACAACUCCCCAGCGGCCAUAACGACGUCGUCAUUCAAUCGCAGAAAGGAAUACCUGGUCGAUGGCUUCCACAAAGGGGUAUUUCUUAAAGGAGGCCCUGAAUCAAAAGAUCAGGGGGCAGCGAACCCCAUGUCCGACCCCGCAGCAAUGGAAGGCAUGAUGGGGAUGAUGAAGGGCAACAUGGCAAUGAUGAUCCCGCAGACGCUGAUCAUGUCCUGGAUCAACGCCUUCUUCGCUGGCUUCGUCAUUCUCAAGCUGCCCUUUCCGCUCACGAUCCGCUUCAAAUCCAUGCUCCAGUCUGGUGUCAUGACGCGGGAUCUGGACGUGAGGUGGGUGUCGAGUCUGUCGUGGUACUUCUUGUGUCUGUUCGGUCUGCAGAGCGUCUUUAUUUUCAUCCUCGGAAAUGAGAAUGCCGCCAGUCAGAUGGCCCAGCAGAUGGCGCAGAUGAAUCCAGGAGCGAACGCCAAUCCUUUCGGCCCGGGGCAGGAGCCGCACAAGAUGUUCCAGGCUGAGGCGGAGAAUCUGGAGGUUGUUGACCACUGGAGCAUCCUCGACGGCGCCGAAGAUCGAUUACUACAAAUCUAUGGCAGCUAG